CGGUGUGUCAUGUGAUUGUUUGCCUUGUGACCGGCAGGAUUGUUAAGAAUGGCAGGGAUCUAUGUUGCUUUGUCAGCUUUGCUUUGCAUUUCCUUUGCAAAUGCAGAAUAUCUGAAAUAUCAGAAACAUUACGAAGAUGACGUUUCAGAAUUCCUAAAUUUUCUAAAGAAGCCUUUCCUUCCAGAGCGUUUCAAGUCACUGGAUUUCUUUCAUAAGGCGGGCUUGGAUCCCAGUAAGAGGUUGACAGCCUUUCAUUUCAAGAACUGUGGCGGGAUGGUGGAUGUGAAGAGCUUGUCCGUCACACCUGACCCCCUGCAGUUCCCAGGGACUAUCACCUUCAGUGCCAGUGUAGCUUUAAAUACCACUGUUUCAGGUGAAAUAAAUGGAGCAAUUGAACUGAAAAAGAAGGCAGCAGGUAUCUGGGUUCCCCUUCCGUGUGUUGACAACAUUGGCUCAUGUAAAUACAAUGACCUCUGCUCCCUGCUGAAUUCAGUGACACAGUGUCCACCACAGCUCACCGCUAUUGGCAUCGACUGCAAGUGUCCAAUCAAAGCUGGUAAAUAUACCCUCCCGAGCUGGAGCCAGGAUGUGGGGGCGGAACUGUUUCCCACGGGAGACUACCAGCUAACAGGCAAAGUGACUGAUGCAAACGGGAAACUUGUAGCUUGUCUAGAAGUGGAACUUGAAGACGUGGAGCAUGAAUUCCAUGUUCGCGAGUCUGCGGAACACGAGGGUUACGUUGAAGAUGAAAACCACAUCAAACUGAACGACGAAACGGAACUUCUUAUGGAUCUUCUUAACUUAAACGCACUCCCGGAAAGAUAUAGAGGGGAGGACUACUUUAAAUCCGUAGGAAGGAAGAAGUCUUCCAGAGUCGAAGCUUUCCAGUGGACAAACUGUGGUAAUAACGACCCAGCAAGUAUCUUAAGUUUGUCUGUUACACCUGACCCUAUACAGUUUCCAGGAACUAUCAAUAUUGCUGGAAAGCUUCAGUUCAACGCCUCGUUUCCAGCUCCUCUUCCGGCAAGCCUUGUUCUGUCAAAGAAGGCUGCCGGGAUCUGGGUCAAGCUCCCAUGUAUUGACGGUUUUGGUUCCUGUGAUUACCCUGAUCUGUGUCAGAUCCUCAGCACUGUGGGAGACUGCCCCGACCCUAUCGUCACAUCCGGUCUCGGAUGUCAGUGCCCCUUUAAAUCGGGUACAUUUGAUGUCCAAGGCCUUUCUAUUGAUGUGGAUGCAUCUGCUUUCCCUUCCGGAGACUAUAAACUCAGAGGCUCCAUAACCACUGGUGGAAAAGAGGAUGCAUGUAUUGAGAUUGUUAUAACUAUUGCCUGAUAAAAUAUCUCUAGUUUUUAUUUAUAUACAUGUUUUCAAAAAUUAGAAUAAACAUUCCUUUAUA